AUGGGAUUGCGUUUAGGGUUCAGGAUGGUUUCUGUUGGGAAGGAGUGGGGGUUGUUUGUUGGGUUGAAUAAGCUGGUAAAUGUCAAGGCUGAUGAAGAGGGGGAUGUGGAGGGGAUGAAGGGGGAGUAUUACUGGAUUUUGAGUCGGUUUGACAAGGAUGUGGCCGAUGAGAAGCAUUGGACGAAGACAAUGACCGAUGAGGAGAAGCUGGCGAUGGCAAAGGAGGAGAUAAAGGAGAUGAGGGAGGAGUUUAAGAUUGUUGUCGAAAAGACGUCUGUGGAAGGGCUGAAGAGUUCUGCUUGGUCCAUCUGGUAUUCUGCGGUCAAGGGCAUAAAAGACCUCAAGACGUCGCGAGUUGUACUGAUAGGUGAUGCGGCUCACCCCAUGACACCCGGUGAGUGUUGUUUGGGGAAAGGACAAGUCCGAGAUGCUGAUGUCAACUUGUCUAGCGCGCGGAGAGGGCGCCGUCGUAGCGAUACGGGACGCAGUACAACUCAGCAAGGUUCUGGGAACGAUUGA